UUCUGAUCCCGAAGUGCGCCGAAGUUGAAGGGGCUGCGCGGGCCUGCUGCGGGAGGAAGGCGCGAUGGAGGGGGCAGCGGCCGGGCGGUGGUUUCGGGAGCGGCUCUGGGCGCUCUGGCUGCCCUGCUGCGUCUUACUUUGGGAGUGCCUGGCGAUGGGAAUGGAGUCCACCGUGUCGCCUUCGCCGGCUCCCGCCGUGUCUUGUGCCACUUUUACCAAAAAGACUUGUGAAGAAUGUGUAAAAGAUACUAAAUGUCUUUGGUGCCAUGAAAAUUCCACAUGUGUGGACUAUCCUGUGAGCCAACUCAUUCCACCAUCCUCAGUAUGUGCACUCUCAGAGUCCUACUGGGCAGUCUGCUGGGUCAAUUUUGAGGCCAUCAUCAUCACCAUAGGUGUUGUAGGAGGCUCCCUUCUACUGGUUAUACUGUGUUGCUGCUGUUACUGCUGCUGCAGAUGUUGUUCUAGAAGAUGUUGUUCUAGAAGAGGCUUCUGCAACCUAGGAUGGUGUUUUCUCAUUCUUAGAAGAGUAGCUGAAGAAGAAGAAAGCUUUAUCAGGGAUCGAGAAGAAAAAAGGCUGCAGCAACUUCAACGGAAACUUGAAAGAAAAAUGAAGCAUGAUGAGAUACGCAAAAAAUAUGGUCUUCUUCAGGAUUCUGACCAUCCAUACAGCAGAUAUGAAAAUGAAUGAAAACUGUGCUUUCUUAAAGAAGUCCCCCUCCCCCUGCUGCCAUGUCAAGAUUAUUUUCUUGUUUGGUUUUUAGAUAAUAUAUGUACAUAAAUGCUCAGUGAAACAUGGUGUCUCCUCUUUGUUUUUCUGUUGAAAGCAGUGUCCUUGUAUUGGUAUCUGUAUUUUUUAAAUAUAGAAUAAUCAGUUUAUUGCUUUUCUUUAAUGGGAUGCAAGUUGAAGUACACAAACAACAAAUCGUGCCAUUUUCCAUAACAUUAUAACCUUUUAUAAAACAGUGUCAUCAUCCUUUGCACGUUGCUAAAUAAAGGCACCCUUCAAAUCAGUGUCGAGUAAGUGUUAGCAAAUAUUUGACACUGCAGAUGUGUGGUAUGAAGUGAUGACAAAUAAUUACAGCCUAUGCCACCUUUGAGACUGUUAAUAGAACAAGAGGUGUAAGUGAAAAAAAUGACAGCAUGUAGUGGCCACCUUGGCUCUAGCAGGAAGGCUCAGGUGGCUGCUUAACUAGCCAGUACUUUAUUGUGCCCUCCUCACCCCUGAAAGCAUCCUUUUAAUAAGUGCCAGUGUGACCCUGUCUUCUGCUGUUCUGUAAUAAGUCCCUCAUCCCAGCAGGCCCUUCUCUGGCAUAGACAGUCUUCUGCUGCAGCUUGCUCUACCUGGGCCUUGAAUGCAGUUGGAGCAGAUAAAAUCACAUCUGCCAAGAAAAAAUGACUGCUAUGCUCAGCAGGGGCAUGGCAAGCUUUUGAUUGUUGUAGCCAGGGUCCUAGAUUGUGAUUAUUUGCCUAACACUUUCAUGACUGUGUAAGUUGAAUUUUUCCUGCAACAUUUAUAUAUUCUAAAACCACUAAUAGAGAAGUAUUAGCAUUUUAAAAUGUAUUGUAUUGUACUUAAACAACUUGGAAAAAGCAUUCAUUCUUUUAGGUUUGUUCUGAGGUACCAUGGGUUCUCAUUUAUGCUACUUUGGAACAAUUGCUGAAAUGCUUUAUUUCAACAUCACCUCUGUCUUUUAAAAGAAAAAGCAGUUGAUCUAGAUUUUAAUAAAAGUUUGCUAGCCCCACAA